AUGGAUUUGGCAGUGUUUAAAUCGGUGAAGACCACAUGGGACCAACGUUUAUGCACCUGGAAUAGACAUCACUAUGGACAAAAGUUACCAAAACAAGAAUUGUCAAGGAUUAUAUGCAAUAUCUGGGCAACUCUAGACAAACAAAUUAUAAAAAAUGGAUUUAAAAAAGCAGGAAUUUAUCCUUAUAACUAUAAUGCAAUUGAUUCAACACAGUUUGAUCCUUUAAGUCUUUCCAGAUGGAAUUUAAGAAAUACAGUUGAAAAUAAUAACCAAACUGAUAUUAAUCAGCCAUCAACCUCUGAAGAAUCUGCAAAUAAUACACCUGAACAAUCUACUAAUAAUACAACUGCACAAUUUACAGAUAUUAAUACAUUUGAAGAAAUGUUACUAAAUUCCAUGAAGCAAAUCCCUAUUGAAAAUACAAAAAGAAGACAAGUAUCUAGUGGAGCCUCAGUUAUCACAUCUGAAGAAGCAAUUACUAUUUUAAGAGAAAAAGACUUAGAAAAGAGCAAACCAAAAAAUAAUAAAAGAAAGAAACAAGCUGAUGAAGUCCCAGUCAAUGAAACCCAUAUUGCAGACAUAAAUACAGAAUAUAUAAUUGAACAAAAUUUGGAUUCAUUUGAUGAAGACUUGGAUCUAAAUUUUUCAUUAGUUAGUGAAGAUAAUGAUUUAUUGAAUGAACUGCAAAGAGAAGAAGAAAAUUUAGCUGAUGAACGCUAUCUAUUUCGCACAACAAAUAUUGGAGAUUGGAUAUUAGUAAAUAUUGUAAAAGAGAAAUCUUCAAAUGUGAAGCAUUAUGUUGGUAUUAUUAAAGAAAUUAGUGAUGAUAAUAAUAUGCUUAAAGUCAGAUUUGUCAAGUUAAAAUCUGAAGACAAAAACUCUACCACAUUCGUCUAUCCAAUUGCUGAUGAUAUUGAUAAUGUUUCUGACUCAAAUGUUGUUUGUUGUUUACCUCAGCCUACAGUGGGUAGAAGAUCUCAACUUAUAUUUGGAAUUACAUUUAGUCAAUAUAACCUAAAAAAGUAA